AGCUGGCCCCGGUGGAACCCACCCUGACGUGUUAUCACUCCUGGCCCUUCUAGGCCCUCGGUAGUUUCUUUCGUCUCGUGUCUUGUAUGUGCGCUCUUCUUGCCCCCGGCUUCUCUUCGCGUCGUGGUUGAGGACUUCUCAUACUACACUCGGCUUGAUAUCCGGCAGCUGGCCGAGCCGUGCUAAUCACUCCGCCAUUGCAGGGGGUCAGGUGAGCUAUUGGCUUGCAUUUGGGAGAGACUCGCCUUUGGAUUAUCAUCAGUUGAUCUUGUGCGAGCACGGUCAAUCAGAGGGAAGAAAAUAUGUUCUCCUCGCUGAAAUCCCUGAGUUCGAACAUAUCGGCCAACUACCAGAUCUCUCCCCACGCCGCCGUGAUCUCGGGGCCCUGGAAGAUCCACGAUGGGAAGAAAAAGUCCACCGGUACCACAGCGUCUAUCUUUAUCUUUGACAAGAAGGCGCUUGAUCUGCGGUCCAGCGGGCUGGGAAAGACCUCCAGCUCCUCCGCAAAGAAACUGCAGGAGGAUGUUGUUGAGCGCCUGAAGCGUGAAGCCGGGAAUCUGGCCCGACUCCGGCAUCCCUCCGUUCUCCAAGUCCUGGAACCCGUAGAAGAGACUCGCAAUGGCGGGCUCAUGUUUGCAACCGAGCAAAUCACCACAUCUCUCGCAGGGCUUCUGCAGGAGAAAGAUAUCCAAGAUGGUUCGUCGCGAGGCGCCGCCAGGUCGACGCGCUACAUGGUGGAAGAGCGCGACGGCACCCGAAGGCGAAGAGAUAUCGAAAUCGAUGAGCUCGAGGUGCAAAAAGGGCUGCUGCAGGUGGCAAAAGGCCUGGAGUUCCUCCACGAGUCGGCCGGUCUCGUCCACGGGAACCUAAAUCCCGAGGCCAUCUAUAUCAAUGCCAAAUCCGACUGGAAAAUCUCUGGCCUUGGCUUUGCGGGUCCUCACGACUCUUCGGAUACCCGCUCUUCACUCCCGCCGCUCGCGCUGUCAGAAGUCCUUUAUCAGGAUCCUCGACUCCCUGCGUCGGUCCAACUGAACCUGGAUUAUACGUCCCCGGACUUUGUGCUAGAUUCGAAUGUGACCCCUUCUGCGGACCUGUUCUCCCUGGGCCUUAUCAUCAUCGCUCUCUAUAAUACGCCACAUACGUCUCCGCUACAAACGCACUCCAACGCGUCUACGUACAAGAAAUUGCUCGGCUCACCAUCCACCACUCCGUCACAGGGCAAUAAUUUCCUCAGCUCCGGUGCCAUUCCAAAGGAUCUUCUUACGCACGUUCUGCCUAGACUGAUUACCAGGCGUCCCGCUCAGCGGCUGAAUGUGCGAGAAUUCCAACAGUCUCAAUACUUUGAUAACGUUCUGGUAUCGACGAUACGCUUCCUGGAGUCGCUGCCUGCCAAGAAUCCCAACGAGAAGUCUCAGUUCAUGCGUGGCCUGCAGCGAGUACUGCCCGAGUUCCCUGUGUCCGUCCUGGAGAGAAAGGUUCUUGGCGCACUCCUGGAGGAGUUGAAAGACCGGGAGCUGCUAUCUCUCAUCCUGCAGAACGUGUUCGUCAUUCUCCAGCGCGUCCCCAAUGCACGACGUACACUUCCGGAGAAGGUAGUACCCCGACUCAAGGAAGUGUUUCCAACAGGCAAGGGUUCUCACAACGACCGCGAUUCGAAAAGAGAUGCAGGUCUUAUGGUCAUCCUCGACAAUAUGAAGGUUCUAGCGGAGAAUUGUUCCGGUAAAGAUUUCAAAGAAGACAUCCUUCCCUUGGUGCGACUGGGCUUAGACUCGCCCACCCAUUCUUUGGCAGAUGGUGCAAUCCGAUGCCUUCCUGUCAUGCUCCCUACCCUGGACUUUAGCACGGUAAAGAACGAGGUGUUUCCACCGAUCGCUGCCACAUUUAGCCGUACUAGCAGCCUUGCCAUAAAAGUUCGCUGUUUGGAUGCAUUUGCCGUACUCUGCGGGGGCUCCGUGGACGAGGAGCAAACGAUAGAAGAUGACCUGUCUGGCAUGGCCCAGAAAAGCAAACCCCAGUCCCUCAAGUCUUCCAUUCUGGACAAAUAUACGAUCCAGGAAAAGCUCGUGCCGUCAUUGAAAGCGAUCAAGACGAAAGAGCCGGCUGUCAUGAUGGCAGCCUUGAACGUGUUCCGUCAGGUUGGCACGAUUGCCGAUACUGAUUUUCUGGCAUUGGAAGUUCUCCCGGUCCUGUGGAGCUUCAGCCUGGGGCCCCUUUUGGACCUGCGCCAGUUUGGAGAGUUCAUGAAUUCCAUUAAAACCAUUUCCUCGAAGGUCGAACGGGAGCAGACAAAGAAAUUGCAGGAGCUCUCUUCCGGCGGGGCUUCAGGCGGGUUCCAAAACGGCGCCGACAGCUCUUCGAAAGCUUCCCAUGCUCUUCAAGUCGAUACGGACUCCUCACGAGAUAAUUUUGAGCGGCUUGUCCUUGGGCGAGGUCUCACCGGCUCGACCGACCAGGAUGCGAGUCUCGGGGGCACUCUCGUUUCCGAGACGCUGGCUACUCAAAAGCCUACUCAGCAGCCUACAACGGCCGCAACUCCCUGGCCACCGAACAUUGCCAGCACAGUUGGUAGAGCCGACACUCCUUCGAGACAAUCCAACUUUAAUGUGCGCUCCAUCACUCCUGAUUACAACCUGAGCUCCUUUCCUUCCUUAGAGCCGGCCUCGGCCUCUCGACAGGUAUCGCCCAACCCGCCGGCUUUCCCCGUCUUGCAACCGUCGCCUUCUACUUCGUGGAGCAUGCCGACUUCCUCAAACAAUCAAUCUCCUAUCCAGGGAAAUGGCAUGUCAAGUCCAUCCUUGGGCGCACUAGCCAGUAUGAGGACGACCACCAACACCAUGCCCGGGUCAAUGCCACCGCCAGUCGCCCCUAACUACUCGGCAUUCUCAAUCCCGCCACCACCCCCAUCACAAACCACAUCACCGCCAUUCACAAGUGGCCUAGCAAAUUCUAGCAGACCCGCCUUCGGCUCGAGUACGACAUCUAAUUCCUUCCUGCAAAGCAACACACCCCAAGCACAGCCGCCCCCGAGACAGGGGCUUGAGAAAUACGAAAGCUUGCUAUGAAACGUGAGGAGAAUCCGACGAAAUGAACGAAGAAGCGUUUGCUUUUGUUUUGGCAGCUUGGUCUCUUUCUGUCCCUUCGGGGUUGGUUUACAUGACGGAACCUUUACUCUCUGAAUCUCAUGUGUGGAACUCAAUACCCGGUCAUGCAUUAUAUCCCAGUCUAUUGGAGCUCGGAAUAAGUGCCAUGCAAAAGUCAUUGAUUUGAUUAGUUUAUAUGAUGGACAUUGUUCAUAUAGCGAGCAAUCCCCGCCUUCUGUAUAGUAAAGAUAUUUC